CGGGAUGCGCAGCCUCAAGGGCGACAAGGGUGACCGCGGCCUGCGGGGUCCGCCUGGAGAGUCCAUCAGGGGCCCCCCUGGCCCGCCGGGCCCGCCCGGGCCCCCGGGCGCCUUCUACGGCAAGGGCGACGCGUUCCCGGAUGAAGGGCGUGCGUACGGCAGGCCGAACCAGAUGUUCGGCGCCGGUUCCCCGGGUUUACAGGGGCCGCCGGGGACGUGCUCCUGCAACCUCACCUCCAUCCUGGGCUCCAUGAACCUGGAGAUGAUACCGGGCCCUCCAGGGCAGCCUGGCAUCGACGGGGCGGCAGGGAUUCCUGGAGUCUCGGGCCUGCCGGGGCCUCCCGGUGAGAGAGGCGCGCCCGGGUCGCGGGGCGAGAAGGGCGACCGCGGGGACAUCGGCGCGACCGGGCCGGAGGGCAUCCAGGGCCAGAAGGGCGACCCGGGCCGCGACGGCACGCCGGGCACCCCGGGCGCUCCGGGACCUCCCGGGCCACCCGGCACGUCCGAGCCCAACGGCGGAUACGACCCGAGCUGGAACUCCCGCUCGGUGCUCAAGGACUCGGUGCUCGGCACCGGCUACGGCUCCUCCAUCGGCCGGCCCGGCAGCCCGGGGCCCAAGGGCGAGCCCGGGUCGUCGGGCAGCCCCGGCUUCAAGGGCGAGCGCGGCGUGCAGGGCCCCAAGGGCGAGCGGGGCGAGCUGGGCGCGCGCGGCGCCAAGGGCGACCGCGGCCACCAGGGGCCGCAGGGCGCUCAGGGCUUUAAGGGCGAGCCCGGCUCUCCGGGCAUCGAUGGCCAGCCCGGCGUACCCGGCGACAACGGCCGCCCGGGGUCCAAGGGUGACAAGGGCGACCCAGGUGCGGUCGGCAGCCCGGGGCCCCCGGGACCACCAGGGGUGGCCGUUUACAACCCAGAGGAGGCCAAGUUCCUUGGCGGCGGGCCUUCCCUGCUCGGAGAAGCGUCCUCCCUGCCCGGGCCUCAGGGAGAGCGUGGUGAGCCGGGCGUCAAGGGGGAGAAAGGUGACAGCGGAGACCGUGGGCUUUCGGGCAUACCCGGCAUCAACGGCGUGCAGGGGCCGGCGGGCGAGAAGGGCGAGGCGGGCGUCCCCGGGCCGGUGGGCCCACCGGGCCUCAAGGGCGAGCGUGGCGAGCGGGGGCCGCCGGGUGCCGUCACCUCGGUCGACGGCGAGGUCGUGGUCGUCAAGGGCGAGAAGGGCGACGGCGGGAAGCGAGGCCGGCGGGGAAGACCAGGUCCUCCGGGCGUUCCCGGCAAGGACGGUGCGUCGGGUGAUAUGGGACUUCCUGGAUGGCAGGGGUUGCCUGGACGGCCGGGUCCUGUGGGAAUGCCGGGACUAGGAUUUCAAGGUCCUAAAGGGGAAAAGGGGGAGCCUGGAGAGAUUACCAACCUGCUUCGGCAUCGUGGGGAACCCGGACUUCCAGGGCCAAUGGGUCCUCCUGGACCAGAGGGUAGACCAGGGCCUCCAGGUCCUCCAGGACCUCCAUCAGAAGUUAAAUAUGUGCCUGUUCCUGGCCCGCCUGGCCCGCCUGGCCCACCAGGUGUUACAGAAUCUCGUGGUCAUGUUUUUGGUGGCGAGCAGUUACAUCCUAGACCUGGCUCAGGAGGAGGAAUUGAAGGACUGAAUAAGGCCAUGAGGAAUCGAGACUCAUUAGGACAUGGCUCUUCUUCCCCACCUGUUCAAGAAAAAACGACAAGGAUUGUACCGGGUGCUGUAACUUACCAAAAUAAAGAGGCUAUGACAAGUAGAUCAGCGGAAACAGCUGUGGGUACGCUUGCAUACAUAAUUGAUGAAGAAGCUCUUUUAGUGAGAGUCAACAAAGGAUGGCAGUAUGUUGCUUUGGGAUCUAUUUUAGAUGUGACCACUCCACCUCCACCAACUACUUUCCACCCUCAUGUAAGGCCUCCCCCACUGGAAUCUUCCAACCUGCUUGUCAACACCUUCUACAUGGCUGCUGAUCAACCUGCUCUCCGAAUGGCCGCCCUGAAUGAGCCCUAUUCCGGAGAUAUGCAUGGAGUAAGUGGUGCAGAUCGUGCUUGCCACAGACAAGCUCACAGAGCUAACAUGCGAGGAACCUUUAGAGCAUUUAUAUCAUCUCGGGUACAAGAUCUUGACUCAAUUGUUCGGCCUGCAGACAGAAACUUGCCUGUUAUCAAUACAAGGGGUGAUGUUCUUUUUAAAUCAUGGAAGGAACUUUUUGCUGGUAAAGGAGGGUUCUUGUCUCAACAGCAUAAGAUUUACAGCUUUAACGGAAGAGAUAUUUUGAAUGAUUUUGCUUGGCCUGAAAAAGUUAUAUGGCAUGGUGCCCACAUGUUAGGUGAGCGAGCAAUGGAUGCUUAUUGUGACUCAUGGCAAUCAGACAGUGCUGACAAAUUUGGACUCGCAUCUUCCCUUCUAAGAGGAAAACUUCUAGCUCAAGAACGUUUUUCUUGUAAUCAUAGAUUUGCAAUUUUGUGUAUAGAAGCAGUGAACCCUUACUUGUCGAGAAGACGACGCAGAAGUGUUGAGAGCAAUGAUGAGGAUGAUGAUUUCCUUGAUGAAGAUGAAUAUGAAGACACUUUAAAAUCUGUCAUGGAUGAAAACGAUUAAUAGGUAUUCCAAAUGAGACACUAUAAUAAUUAUUUGAAAAAUGCUAGUCCUGCAGCAUAUGAAAAUCUUCCUUAUCUACAAGUGGAAAACAUUCAAAAUUUUAGUAUCAUUUCGUCACAUAAUUAGGUGACUGGUUUCGAGCUGUUUCAUCUUUCUUCUCGUAAAAUAGUGUCUCCCAUCCGUCCUCAUACCUUCAUUAUGCUGACACUACGGAAAGUCUCAAACAUAGCAAAAAGUCACUGUGCAAUUUGUUUGUUUCUCAAAAAUAGUAUUAAAACAAAAACAUCCUAAUAUCUACAGCUGCCUUCCUUAUGGUUUAUGGUGAAUAAAAUAAUGUUUUACAUUCAAAUUAACUUUGACAUUCCUUUAAUGCAUUUUUGUAUAGCUUUGUGCUCAAAGAUUGUCACUUAGACUCAAAACUAAAACUGCCAUGUGUUGAUUUCAAAAUAUGGAUGUGCAACUAUUUCUGAGCAUGUUCUGAGGCCCAACAGUUUUCCAUUUUUUGAUUGAAUGGGAGUUCAUUUGAAACAUUUCUCCUCAGCCAGCAGUACAAAGAUGUAUUUCAUAUCAAUUAAGUAUUACAUUUUUUAUUUGGUAAAGAUACUUAAGUAUAUCCCUCAAAACAUUCUUCUAAGCAAACUUUUAGGAUAAUGUUUUGUUUUUUUGUGAAUUAGUGUUUUCACCAAUUAUCACUUAACCAAUUUAAGGAUUUGUCCUGUUCUUUUGUUUUGUAUUAUUCUGUUCAAUGGUCUAGUCAUUUCUAACUUAUUGUACCUUUAGUUAAUUACAGAGUGUGGAGAGUUUGAGUGUGUAUUAAAGUUGUUGUAUAGUCCAUAAAUUUUAAUGUAAAGAUUUU